AUGGUGUAUGUAUUCUCUGACGCACAGUGGGAGGCAGAACUUAAAGAGUCACUAACAAAAACAAGUGGUUUAGACAAUGUAGACAUUAAAGAACAGAAUGGGCUACACCUGGACCCAGGACCUAGUAGAAAGGAAGAUGAGGAUGUAGACACAUUUAUUGGUGAAUGGAAUGAAAAACUAUCAAACUGUACUUUGGAUUUGAUGGGGAUGCUAAUUAAAAUAAAUUAUACAAGGCUAGAGAAACUUAAGGAAGAUAUAGACAAAACAGUUCUGGAUGUUAAUACAUUUGAAAAUGACCCCAAUUUUAGUAAACUAAAUGAUGAAACAAAAACUAUUAUUUCAAAAUUGCAGGCUGAGAAAAAAACAAGAAAAGUUUGGGAAGGAGGAUAUAGAGGGGAAGGAGGAUAUAGAGGGGAGGAGGAUAUAGAGGGGAAGGAGGAUAUAGAGGGGAAGGAGGAUAUAGAGAGGUUGGAGGAUAUAGAGGGGAAGGAGGAUAUAGAGGGGAAGGAGGAUAUAGAGGGGAAAGAGGAUAUAGAGGGGAAGGAGGAUAUAGAGGGGAAGGAGGAUAUAGAGAGAGGGGAAGGAGGAUAUAGAGGGGAAGGAGGAUAUAGAGGGGAGGAGGAUAUAGAGGGGAAAGAGGAUAUAGAGGGGAAGGAGGAUAUAGAGGGGAAAGAGGAUAUAGAGGGGAAGGAGGAUAUAGAGGGGAAGGAGGAUAUAGAGAGGUUGGAGGAUAUAGAGGGGAAGGAGGAUAUAGAGGGGAAGGAGGAUAUAGAGGGGAAAGAGGAUAUAGAGGGGAAGGAGGAUAUAGAGGGGAAGGAGGAUAUAGAGAGGUUGGAGGAUAUAGAGGGGAAGAAGGAUAUAGAGGGGAAGGAGGAUAUAGAGGGGAAGGAGGAUAUAGAGGGGAAGGAGGAUAUCGAGGGGAAAGAGGAUAUAGAGGGGAAGGAGGAUAUAGAGGGGAAGGAGGAUAUAGAGGGGAAAGAGGAUAUAGAGGGGAGGAUGAUAUAG